CGCGCUCUGAGGGCGUGGCCGAAUUCUUCGAGGAAGCGCCUGAAGAGCUACAAAAGCGCCCUGAAGCCUUAGCGCCAUAGUCUGGCGCCGAGGACCGAACUACGUUUCCCAGCGGGCAACGCGUGCGGAGGGGGUUCUUUUCCUGUGCCUUGGUCCUCUGGAAGCAGUACUGCCACCGACGCUGCUAAGGUCUCACCUUAAACUCACUAUGUAGCCCAGGCUGACCUUGAACGCCUAGCAGUCCUCCAGCCUAAGCUUUUCAAGAUGUCCAACAAAGAAUCUUAUGGAAAAGAAGAAAAGUCUCAGAGAAAUGGCAUCAUCUUAUCGUCCAUCUAUAAUGAAGACAAGAAUGAGAAGAAAGCCUCAUCAGGUUCUGCUUCUGCUUACUGUAUGAAAUCAGUGUCAUCAGAGAAGAGAAAACUGAAAUCAGACCACACAGAUAUUCAGUACUGUAAUACGAAAAGAAGACAAGAACUGAAAAGAUUAAAUGUAGAAAUUGAUGUAUCUGCAAAGAGACCAAAAAUCAGUUCUUCAUCCCUGGGACCUAAUAAACUCCAAGAAGCAUCAUCUUCAAAGAAUAAUCAAAUUAUUUCACAAAGUACCUCAAAUGGAACUAAAAAAUUGAGGAAACAUAAAGAGAUUAAAUUUAUAAAUGUUACAAGUAAGCUUGACCAUGGAAUUAAAUACCUUACCAAUCCUAAAAUUUCCAAAGAUAUGAAAUCUAAAGUAGAAGAGCACACAAGGGAAAAGGAAUGGCCUCAUCUGCUUCUUCAGACAGAGAAGAUGAAAGAACCCAAGAAGGAAAGAAACAAAUUUAGAGACAGUUCUGAAAAAUGUAAACAUAAGAAAAAUCAACUUUCUCAAGAUUGUAAUUCCAACAAGAUUAAUUAUGAACCUUUUGACUCUAGAACAAGGAAAAUCAACUUUAAAAUCCCAGUAAAAUCCUGUAAUAACCUCCAGAAGCUUGUAGAAGAAAAUGUCUUCAAUUUAGUUUCUAAUAAGGUAAAGACUAAGCAGGAAGCAAGAGAAUUCCCAGAAGACUCCCAUGUUUCAUUAAAUUUGACCAGGCAUAAAGUGGAACAUUUACUUAGAGAUUCUACAUAUAAACAGACUGUACGUGAACAUAAAAGAAAAUAUCUUGAGCAUCAAGAAAGUAAUCAUUCAAGUAUUAAGGAAAACCUUACUCAGACUUUUGAAGCGCCAUGUUCUUCCGUGUCACCAGAAAGUAUUCAAGAUACUGAUCAAGAGAUGCAGAUAGUAGAAGAGCUUCAUGCUGCACGUGUGGGAAAAAGUGUGGAUAUACCUGUGGUUCCACUUUCUGGAGAGUUAAUGAGUAUGGAAAUUGACUUGGCGGAAGAUGAUGUACAUUUUUCUGCUGCAAAUAUUGCUUCAGACAAAAAGUUUCUUCUAGUUGUUGUUGACACAAAUAUCCUGAUGAAUCAUCUCAAAUUUGUUAGAAUUUUGAAGACAACAGAAAUAUCAGGCUUUGACAGACUUGUGUUAAUAAUUCCUUGGGUUGUUGUGCAAGAGUUAGAUCGAAUGAAGGCAGGAAAACUACUAAAACAUGCCCAGCACAAAGCUAUACCUGCAGUUCAUUUCAUUAACGACAGUCUCAAAAACCAAGAUAGAAAGCUGUGGGGUCAAUCAAUACAACUUGCUUCUCAAAAACUUUAUGGAUUGAGUGAUGAGAACAAUGAUGAUCGAGUAUUGAAAUGCUGUCUUCAGUACCAGGAAUUAUUCUCCAGUUCUCUAGUAAUUUUAUGCACGGAUGAUAGAAAUUUAAGAAGCAAAGGCCUUGUAAGUGGUGUAAAAUCACUCAGUAAAGAAGAAUUGAGUGCAGAGUUACUAACCUUAUCUCUGAACACAGAUGUGUGUCAUCAGCCUUGUAUUUCUAAGCAACAGUUGAAAGAAGAAGCAAAGCCUGUGGAAGAGACUUCUGAGGAAAAAUCCACAAAUUCUGGACUGUCCAUUGUACUUGAACGCAUUAUCACUGAUCUUGAAAGAUCUCUUGGAACAGCUUUAUCUUCAAUAUUAGAAACAGAAAUGAAAAUUGCUUUUGGGAACCUUUGGAUAGAGAUGCUGUACUUGAAACCACCAUGGACUCUAAUACAUUUAUUACAGUGCUUUAAAAAACAUUGGUUUGCUGUAUUUGGAUUAGUUAUGGAAAAGAACUUACUUUUAACUGUUGAGAGCCUAUAUGAAAACCUUUGUAAAGCUAAUAAUGCAGUAGACUUUACAACUGUGAAAUUCUUGCUCCAAGAUUCUAAAAGCUUGUUACAUGCUUUCAGUAUAAGAUCGAAUUAUGAUGGUAUUCUGCCGCAGGCCUUUGCUCAAGUGAGCAGACUACUACAGACAUUUGCAGAGGUUAAGACAAAAUUUAAGUCAAAUUCUUCAGAAAACGCAAUGAAUAAAACGCAGGAAGACACACCUUUGAUGAAGUCUCAGAACCAAGAAAUCUCUGUUUCCUCGGUUUCGCAUCUUCUCCAACCCAACAGACAUCAAGAAAUCUGGUCUGUUCUAGAGAAUGUUUGGAUUACAAUAUAUCAGAACAGCACUGAUGUGUUUCAAAGAUUGAACUCAGAUUCGGCGCUGACUAUUUCAAAAAUAGCAUCAUUUGAAGAAGCUUUUAUAUAUCUUCAAAAGUUAAUGGCAGCUGUGAAAGAUAUUCUUGAAGGAAUUCAGAGGAUUUUGGCACCUAACAGUAAUUAUCAAGACAUUGAGACCCUCUAUAACUUCCUAAUCAAGUAUGAGGUAAAUAAACAUGUUGAGUUUACUGCCCAGGAACUCUAUGAUUGUGUUUCUCAGACUGAGUACCGGGAAAAGUUAACCAUUGGAUGCCGCCAACUGGUUGAGAUGGAAUGUGCCAUGCAGCAGUGCAAUGCAUCUGUCUACAUGGGAGCGAGACACAGGGGAGGAUGGUGUGAAGACAUGUUCAGCUUUAGGAUCUAAGUGCUGCAACUUCAGAGGAAUUGCAUUCAUCCUUGUCCUUUAGAGGCAUUUGUCUUCAUAAGAAACAGAGUAAUUUUUGACCUGGUCAUUUUUUUUGAGCCAAACCCAAGAGACAAAAUUUAAGAAAUACUUUCUAGGCACAAAAAAGUGAUGGUGUUACAAUUUCAUUGAAGCUCUAAAAAACCUGAUGUAGGUAUUGUAGAAUAAACUGUUCACUCAGUUUUGCUGGAGUUGAUAGUACCUUCGUACCUUUAUCCUUAUUCCAGCCAGUAUCUCCACAGAAAAGGGCCAUCUUUCUAGUCCUUCUAGGGCAGGAGCCACAGUGGCAACUGAAAGGCCCAGGGUAUUAAGGUAUUAGCAUCUUUCAGGUCCAAAUAACCAGACACUGCCAAACCCUAGGAAUUGGGACCCGGGCACAUGUUCAUCACAUUCCACAAAUAAAAUCUUAUCUGGAGUUGAUUUUUUAAUGCUGUUUAAUGUACACCUGGUAGAAAUAACACCACCAUCCACACUUCCCUCAGGGAAAAGAAAGUAGAAUUUGGACUUCAGCUUCUACUUCCUUACAGCCUCUCUUCUGAGCUUGUAACUUUUCAGUACAUUUCUAAUGGUGAAGAGCAGGUGACCCUUAUGCUGAGUUGCCCUUAAAUGUGAAGCAGUCUGAAUUUUUGGAAUUAGAUGGCAAUGACUGAUGUUUGCCCCUAACUAAAGCCAAUUGUUUAAUUGACUUCUUACUGAGUUAUACAGUAGGUUGGAAAGCCUAGACAACUGAAAUGUAUUAAGCUUUUGUUAACACUUAGAUAAAAUCAAAUUGGCUUUGUUAUAAAUGUUAAAUUUAUUUUUUAAAAGAGCAAUAAAUAACUUAUUUUCAAUAA